AUGUUCCAGCUCAGUACCGAUCCAGAGUUCGCGUUCGUUUUAGAGACCGUCUUGUCGAUGAGCAACAUUCAAGGUGCCCAAACCGGCGAGGUACUACGGGCUGCGAGCCAAAUCACUGCAGGAGACUCCGAGAGCUGGUACAAAGAAUUCAAAGUCCUUGGAGAUGCCAUCCACGCUCGAGCAGCCAGAGUCAACGCCACUCGCUUCCCGGUCUCAGCGCGCGAGGCAUACUUCCGUUCCUCUACUUACUACCGCAACGCCCCAUUCUUUUUCCAUGCCAAUCGCACCGACCCCAGAAUCAACAAAAUGGGUGCAAUCUCAGUCGCCGACUUCGACAAGGCCGCUGCUCUGCUAACCAUUCCCGGUGAAAAAGCCAACCUCUCAGCCACCAGUCCCAAUGUACCAAACGGGAAUUUCACAGUCCCUGUGCGAUUCUUCAAAGGGCAAGAGUGUGCCGGGAAGGUUCCCACUGUGAUCAUUGGUACAGGGUACGAUGCCUCCCAGGAAGAUUCCUACCAUGAAAUGGGGAUUGAGGUCCUCGAGCGUGGUUGGAAUGUCAUUACUUAUGAAGGACCUGGCCAACCCACAGUUCUUCGCGAACAAAACCUCGGUUUUAUUCCUGACUGGUGGAACGUCGUCACCCCAAUCGUGGACUAUCUCGCCACCCGUCCAGAUGUCGAUAUGGAUCAAAUUGCCCUCGUUGGAAUUUCUUUCGGUGGUGGCCUUGCCCCGCUUGCUGCUUCCCGCGAGCACCGUUUGUCCGCCGUGCUGUCCGUUGACGCCAUGAACGAUCUGUAUUCCCUAUACGCAACUCAACUUCCAACUGAGCUCAUCGCGCUCUAUAAAAAUGGAGAUUAUGCGGAAUUCGACAAAUACAUGCUUGGACUUGAGACAAAUGCCUCCCUAUCAACUCACACGCGUUGGACCAUCUCCCAGGGCCUUUUCACUUUCAACACUGACAGCCCCUCCAACUGGUUCGGAAGGCUGCCUGCAUUCACUGCCAAUGCUACAGUGUUGCAAAAUAUCACCUGUCCUGUAUUCAUUGGGGAGGGGGAGAAUGACACCUCUGCACCAGGCCAGGCCCAGGAGAUGGUCGAGGCUCUUGGCAACCAAAGCACCUACUGCUUGUUCCGUACUGAUGUCGGUGCUGGCGAGCAUUGCCAGAUUGGUGCCGAGUCUCAGUUGGCUCAAGUUACACUCGACUGGCUUGCUGAUCUUUGGGAUGGAAUUGAAUUGCCUGCUAACCUUACCGAUCGGAUCUAUUAA